GACACGUUAGCCAUCACAUCUUUUGUGGUCUUUUCUCACACUUUAACGGCUUUAAACUAGCGAUUGGUUUAACGUUACACGUGCUACAUUGUCAGUAAGCUAUACACGUACCUAAAUAGUAUAAACUUGCAUAAAGCUUACUGUAAUACUUUGUAUAAAUUUAUUUAGCAUCAUUUCCAAACUCAACAAACAUUCCUGAGGUUGCGUUGAACGGAUCUCAGUGUGUACAUCACGUGUUCAUGACGAAUAAGGAAGUUCCGCGUUGCAAAAAAGCUUGGCCUUGUCUGUUGAAUUAGCGUGGUUUUACCGUGGUUUUAAGGUUGUUUUACCACAUUAAAAGCGACAGAUGUCGCGGAUUAAGUUUUUUUAGACGAUGAAAGCGGCACGUAUAUAUUUGUUGUUACAUGUUUUGUUGACAACCGGCUUGCUGGUAAACACGUUCGAUCCGUUCACAACAACAGUGGUGAUCGGCAUCGGUGCGACUCUGGGCCGGACGAUCUACAAUUACUUACAUGAAAGUUGCAGUUCGAAAUGGAUAGCCUUCAAUGCGACAGGUCUCAAGGUUGACAUGGAAAACAAACUGUUUGGACAGCACAUUGCGUCACGCAUCAUUUUAAAAGCUGUGAGUGGAUUCAUGAGCAAUGGCAACCCGAAGAAGCCCCUGGUGCUCUCACUGCAUGGAUGGACCGGUACAGGGAAGAACUUUGUUAGUCAGCUGAUUGCUGAAAACAUUUAUAAGGAGGGAAUGAACAGCAGCUAUGUUCAUGUUUUCACAUCCACACUUCACUUCCCACACCCAAGUCAAAAUCUUGAGUACAAGUCUCAGUUACAGCAGUGGAUCAAGGGCAAUGUCAGCAACUGUGAACGCUCCAUGUUCAUCUUUGAUGAGAUGGACAAGAUGAAUCCUGGCUUGAUUGACAGCAUUAAGCCAUACCUGGACUACUAUGACAAGCUGGAUGGAGUUUCUUAUCGGAGAGCCAUCUUCAUCUUCCUCAGGUAAAAAGCUGGAAGCAUUCCUGAGGGUUGGUUUAUGCUCAAUCAGAACUAGUUUGUACAGCGUGUUGUCUGACCAGGUCAGAAUUAAAAAGUGUUUAUGGCUUUUUCCAAAUGGUCACACUCAAAGGCGGAGUGAACAUUUUUUCAGACAAUCUUUCCUGGAAGGCAUUCCUAGUGUUGUACUUGGAUAUUCGCUUGAAAAGUGACAGUUGGGUCAAGAAUGAAAAAACAGAGCUAGAGAGAGAAGUUAAAACCCUAACUUCUUUCUCACCUCAGCACAGCUGGCCAAUCAUGGCGUGAAGAGAGUGUGAGUGUUAGAUUGUUGGUUUUGGAAAGGUUACAGAAAUGGUCAGACAAAAACUCUUCUAAUCCGAUGUUGGAAAGAAGUGUGGGGAAGGGGUUUUUGAAGUGAAAUGAAAAAUAUAAAUUUA